AUGUUUAAUGAUAAUAAUGAAUAUGAAUGUUUAUGUAUUUUAGAAGAAAAGUUGUUAAGGCAUUUAGAUGUUAUCGACAAAUUGAUAGAAAAUACUUAUAAUAAUAUAAAUAAUUUGAAUGAAUAUAUAAAUAAAAAAUAUAAUGAAAUAAAAAUAUUAGCCAGUAAAAAACCAACUAGAAUAAACUGGAUGAAAUGUGAUGAUAAAACACAUAUGUCUUUAUUUUUUGAUAAAAAAAUAGGAUUCAUACCAUCAAAUGAAGAUGCUUUAAAAAUAUUAGAUUCACAAUUAAUGUUAUCAAAUUAUAGAAAAAAAUAUGAAUAUAAAAAAAAUUCAUGGACCAAAAAAGAUAUAGAUAAAUUAUUUGAAACCGUUGAUAUUAUAUUAAAGAAGUAUGCAUGUUAUUAUUUAAUAGAUGAAAAUUUAUCAUGUGACGAAAAAAUUAAUAAGAAGAAAAUAAUUGAACAAAGUGAGGCAAAACAAAUUUUUAGUCAAAUAAAAUUAUUUUUUGAUAAAUAUAAUCAGGAGAAUAUACCCAAUAAAGAGAAUGAUGAUAAAAUAAGUGAUAAUAUAAAUAAAAAUAUAUAUGAUAAUGUAAAUGAUAAUAUAAAUAAAAAUAUAUAUGAUAAUGAAAAUGAUAAUAUAAAUAAAAAUAUAUAUGAUAAUGUAAAUGAUAAUAUAAAUAAAAAUAUAUAUAAUAGUAUUAAUAAUAAGGGUGAAAAAAAAAACAUCAUUACACACGUACCAAAUGAUGAUGAAUCUAUUGACAAAGAACAUGAUGAGUCAAAUAAAAUUUUUUCAUAUAUAAAAAAUGAUAAAAAAAUAGAACACAAUUUCCUUUAUUUUUCUGAAACAUUUUGGAAUGAAGUUUCAGAAAAACUAUCGAAUAAUCAAAAUGCAAAGGAAUGUCAAAAGAUGUGGUUAUAUUAUGGUUGUUUUGAAGAUGAUAAACAGAAAAAAUGGACAAAAGAUGAAAUAGAUAAAUUAUUAUGUUUAAGUAAAAAAUAUGAACAAAGAAACUGGAAAUGUAUUGCAAGAGAAUUAAAUACGAAUAGAAGUCCUUUAUCAUGUUUUGAACAAUAUAUUAAAAUAAAGAAAUUAUAUGAAAAUAAAGAAAAAGUUAAAUUAGAAAGAAUUGCUUUUAACGUUCUUGAAGAUAUACAAUUACAAAUAUUGGUAUCCAUAAUUGGGGAUAAAAAUUGGGCAGAAAUUAAAAAACAUAUGGAAAGUCUUAACUCAAAUACUAGUAGAAUAAAAAAGAGAAAAACUAAUCUUAAUUUCUUUGAAAAAGAAAAACAAAAAAAAUUUCUUAAUGAUGAAAUAUCUUACAAAAGGAGAUAUUUGCGAUUAAUCAGUUCGACAAAUAAUAUGGAACAAUAA